ACCGUCUUCCCCGCUCUGCCCAUGGACGCGCAAGGCAGCAGCAGCAGCAGGAAAAAGGAUCCCAGACCAUCUACACUGGACUUGAAUGUUGCUCUGGAUGAAUGUAUGGCAGCGGUGGAUUUAUUUCUAAAUAACAAGUUCCAAGAUGCCCUUGUUUCUCUACAAACGAAAACAAAGGACAGUAUGUAUCAUGCACUGACUUAUGCUACCAUAUUGGAAAUGCAAGCCAUGAUGACCUUUGACUCCCAGGACAUAUUGAAUGCUGGAAACACAAUGAAAGAAGCUCAGGCCAUAUGUCAGAAGUUUCGGAAGAAAUCCACUGUAGCAGAUUCUUUCAACAACUUAGUGCACAGACACAACCUUGACCAAUUAACUGAAGAGGAAAUUCAUGCAGAAAUUUGCUAUGCUGAAUGCUUGCUUCAGAGAGCUGCUCUUACGUUCCUCCAGGAUGAAAACAUGAUUAGCUUUGUCAAAGGCAGCAUCAAAAUCAGAAACAGUUAUCAAACGUACAGGGAGCUGGACAGUCUAAUACGUUCUCCCAACUACAUUAAAGGAGAACAUCACCCCCAUUUUGAAGGUGGUGUAAAGCUGGGUGUUGGAGCUUUUAACCUGACUUUAUCCAUGUUACCAACUAGGAUUGUACGGUUACUGGAGUUCAUUGGGUUUUCUGGAAAUAAGGAACAUGGUCUGCAGCAGCUUCAAGAGGGAGCAUCAAUGUACAGUUUUAGGUCCGUGCUGUGUACUAUGCUACUGCUGUGCUAUCACACCUUCCUGACUUUUGUGCUAGGGACAGGAAAAGGAAAUGUUGAAGAAGCAGAGAAACUUCUCAAACCUUAUUUGACUCGAUACCCAAAAGGAGCCAUAUUCCUGUUUUUUGCAGGGAGAAUAGAAUCAAUCAGAGGCAAUAUUGAUGGAGCCAUCAGUAGGUUUGAGGAAUGUUGUGACGCUCAGCAGAAUUGGAAACAGUUCCAUCACAUGUGUUAUUGGGAACUGAUGUGGUGCUUCACAUACAGACGUCAGUGGAAGAUGGCAUACUUCUAUGCAGACCUGCUCAGCAAAGAGAACACCUGGUCAAAGGCUACAUACAUAUAUAUGAAAGCGGCUUACCUCUGCAUGUUUGGACCAGAGGAUUAUAAACCAUUUGGGGAUGAUGAAGUUGCAUUAUUUAGAGCUGUGCCUAGUUUGAAACUGAAAAUAGCAGGGAAAUCUUUGCCUACAGAAAAGUUUGCAAUUCGGAAAUCCCGGCGGUACCUAUCCCCAAAUCCUGUUUCACUUCCUGUGCCUGUUUUGGAAAUGAUGUAUAUUUGGAAUGGUUAUGCAGUGAUUGGGAAAUGUCCUGAUUUGACUGAAGGUAUGUUGGAGUCCUUAACAGAUGCGGAAGCAGCCCUGGAAAGAAGCCCAGCUACAGAUUUUCUUGCUGAUGACCAGUGUAUGAUAAAGCUGCUGAAAGGGCUGUGCUUGAAACACCUUGGCAAGCAUUCUGAAGCAGAAGACCACUUUGCUUACAUUCACUUCAAUGAGAAGAAGAUAAAGUAUGAUCAUUACUUAAUUCCAAAUGCCCUGCUUGAACUUGCUUUAUUAUACCUGGACCAAAACAAAAGAGAAGAGGCCAUAAAGAUGCUGGAGAGAGCAAAGCAAAAUUACAAGAAUUAUUCCAUGGAAACAAGAACACACUUCAGAAUUCAAGCUGCUUUGCACCAAGCAAAAUCUUCCACAGAAAAUGGCGUUCAUUCUGUAGCAACUGUGGUUUUGUAAUUUUACUUUAAAAAAAAGAUUUUGUUUUGUAUUCAAACCUUCACAACAGGAUAUUACUGGCAAUAUUUUAACAUGUUUUUUCCACUCUCAAGUUUAGCAUAAUUUUUAAA